AUGGACAGGGAAGCAGCAUUGAGAAGACUGAUCGAACAGGUCAAACAGAUGGGGCAGCAACACGCCGUUGACUUGCAGAGCAUUCGUGCCAAGCACGAAACCGACCUCGCAGCGCUGCGUGCCGCGAAUGAAACUGACCUAGCAGCGCUACGCACCGAGAAUGAGCGCAUUCGCGCCCAGCUUCCUCAGCGCCCUUCUGAACAACCCCCUCAACCGAGUAAUCAACACGAGGAAGAGGGGCGCUCGGUCUCUCAACCACCGACUGCACCUAGGGCACCGACCCCUAGGCCUGCCACACAUCGGUCGCACUCACCAACGAACAGGUCGGCCCAUGAAGUCAGCAAUGUGCCCGCCCAAGACCCGGGGCAUAGGACGAGCAUCCGCCGCCACCCCUUUGUCGAUGGCAUUAUGGAGACGCCCCUCCCUUUUGGAUGGAAGUCUCUCAACAUCGACCGCUAUGAUGGCACUACGGACCCCGAUGAGCACGUCGAUCUGUAUAUCACACAGGUAAACCUCACUAAUGAAGAUGCUAUUAUGUGUAGGGUUUUUUCGACCUCGCUCAAGGGAGCAGUGCUCAACUGGUACACUCAACUACCAAUGGAGUCGAUUGACAAUUUCGACACUCUGGUAAGGCAAUUCACGGUGCAGUAUGCCACGAGUCGACCUCACCACGUCACAUCAGCCGCCUUGGCCAGCCUUAGACAGGGGGACGACGAGUCACUAAGGGCUUUCAUGGAGUUCUUCGUCAGUAUCUCGGUCAAGAUUCGGAACCUGAACCUCGAGGUCGCCCUACACGCCAUGCUCAUGGCGCUCAAGCCUGGACCUUUCGUGGCCACCCUGUGUCGACGAUCUCCUCUUGACAUGGACGGACUCCGUGCCCAAGCUACAGGCCAGUUCAAGAAGGCUGCUAGGGCAAACAAAGGAGGGAGAUAUGACUUUUACACCCCCCUGAGUGCGCCCCGAGUGCACAUCCUGGAGGAAGCCAGCAACAACAACUUGCUCACUCUGCCACCACCCACGCACAGUCCUAAUAACGCGGACAGAUCAAAGCACUGUCGGUACCACAGAAACCAUGGUCACACCACCGAGGAAUUUCGCACACUCAGAGAUCGUGGUUUCGCAGGGGGAGGCUCUAGCAGCUCGGCGCGAAAAAGAAACCUGCGCAGCACCCACAAAGCCCACUCCGCUACCUCGGCCUCACACCAAAGCUCACCACCAAUCACCUUCACCGACGAUGACUACACUAGCAUCUGUCCAAAUCAAGAUGACCCAAUGGUCAUCGCUGUGGAGGUCGCCAAAUGGGAGGUCCACAAGACGUUGAUCGACCAAGGCAGCUCAGCUGAUGUCCUAUACUGGUUGACGUUCCUCAGGAGGAUCAUGGUCUGCUACCUCCUCGUCGAGGCCAACACAUCCUACAAUAUAAUCAUCAGAAGGACGACGUUGAACCAACUUGGAGCAGUGGUAUCUACCCCACACCUCACGAUGAAAUUCCCAGGAAGUGGUGGCAAGAUCAUUUGUGUCAGAGCAAACCAGAAGUCAGCACGGCAAUGCUACGCCGAAAGUUUGAAGGUCGGCAAAUGCCCUAGACAGUGCAUAAAAAUAAGCAGGAAGCUAAAUCCAGAAUUACGGCAGCAACUUGAAGCCGAAAUCUCCAAGAACAUCGACCUUUUUGCAUGGUAA